AUCACACUGUCGCAUAAUGAUGACGUCGCUUACAGCCGCCCCAUGUGACUUGCGAUGGCGAUCCUUCGUGGGGCGUUACGGACUAUUUGGUUUGUCCGGGGUAUCUGCAGCGUCAGGGCUAUUGGUUCUGGGACACUACAGGGCACCAGAAGCAGGUUGCAGGUUAUCCACCACCCUGCCCUGCUCCACCUGCAAGCUGCUUCGUUCUUCUCCUCUUCCUCCACACAUAAGCGGCACCAAGCCCACACACCUGAGAACUUUGCUGAUCAUGGAUCCGAGCAGGAGGCAGCAGAAGCCAGUGGGAGGCCUAUUAACCGGGCUGAGAAGGAAGAGGAGGAGCAGGAGCAGGAGGAGGUGUACGAGACCGAGGAGGAGCUGAAGAAGCGGAUCCUCACAGCUGCGCUGGAGUUUAUCCCAGAGCAUGGCUGGUCUGUGGAAGCCAUCGCGGCUGGGGCUGAGACUCUGGGUCUGUCUCCAGCCUCUGCUGGGAUUUUUACCAAAGGAGCCGGUGAGCUGGUCCUGCACUUUGUGUCCAAGUGCAAUGCUCAGUUAGUCCAGCUCCUGGAAGAGCAACAAAGGCAGGUGCAACUGGGCCAGGCAGGGCCCAAAGAGAAGGCGGAGUUUCUGAGGGACGCCCUGCAGACCCGGCUCAGAAUGCUGGCCCCAUACAUGGACUCGUGGCCACAGGCCUUGAGUACACUGCUGCUGCCCCAAAACGUCCCCGGCAGCCUGAAGUGCCUGUCUACCCUGGUGGAUGACUUGUGGUACUACGCCGGAGAUCGCUCCACCGACAUGCGCUGGUAUAGCCGUCGGCUCACGCUCACGGCUGUCUACAGCGCCACGGAGCUGGUCAUGGUGCAGGAUUCUUCUCCUGACUUCCAGGACACCUGGGCCUUCUUGGAUAGUCGCAUCCAGGACAUGAUGGACGUCGCCUGCAUGGCUCAGCGGGUACGCUCCACUGGGGAGUCGGCGGUGCAGGGGAUUAUGGGUGCUGCAAUUACGCUAAAGAACCUAACGGGGCUGAACCAACGAUGGUGAAAGAGGCCUGUCUUCAAUCCUGCAAUGGCAUCAAUAUCUGCAGUACUGGUCUUCUGCCGUUAUCUAAAGGGGAACGUGAUGUAAUCUCAUUGUUUAAGGGUGACUGACUUGCUGAUGCGUGUCUACAGCAAAGUCAAGCACAAUCUAGACUCCCCCCACCCCCACCUGGAACCAACAGUUUGAAAAUGUGUUUGUGUUUGAAUGCAAGGGAUGUUGAACCUGUCAUGUUGUGCAGAAAAACGUGAUUAAAGCACACCAAACUGCU